AUGCGACGAAGUACAGUAACCGUUAUCGCUACUAAACUUCCAACGUUCACAACAAGCUUCAUUGUAAAAUUCUCAUCCUACAGUCAGCUCAUCCGGGCCACUGCUUAUUGGUUACGGUUAAUUGCUAUCUUACAGCACAAGGAAAGCGGUAAGAGAAAGGGAUUUCUCAGUACAAACGAGCUGCGAGAAGCGGAAACUGUAAUACUACGGAAGGUACAGCAGGAAUCAUUUGGAGAUGAACUGAAUGCUCUGAAAGGUGGAAAAUCUGUUUCUCGUGGUUCCUCGCUUCGAUGGUUCAUCCCAGCUAUAGGGGAAGAUGGUAUUCUGCGGGUAGGUGGCAGGUUAAGUCACUCUCAGGAAUCGUUUGAUACAAAACACCCGAUUAUUAUGCCAGCCAGACAUUUAUUGACGGCGAUGCUAUUUAAACACUACCAUGAGAAACUACUACACGCGGGAACUCAAUUGCUAUUGAGUACAGUACGGUUACGGUAUUGGCCUUUGGGUGGCAGAAAUGUGGCCAGAAAGAUAGUUCACCAAUGUCUUCGAUGCUUCAGAGCCAAACCGUCGGCCAUCAAGCCUCAAAUGGGUGAACUGCCAGCUGCUCGGGUUACAGUUUGCAAGGCGUUUUCAAAAACCGGAGUGGAUUGUUUCGGACCGGUGUACAUUCGGGAUGGCAGACGUCGACCCACGAUCAAGGCAUACGUAGCGGUUUUUGUAUGUAUGAGCACUAAGGCAGUACAUUUGGAACUGGUUACUGACCUGUCUACAGAACGCUUUCUUCAGGCGCUGCGGCGCUUUAUUUCUAGACGGGGCUUAUGUACAGAUGUGUAUUCCGACAAUGGAACAAAUUUUGUUGGUGCCAGAAAUCAAUUAAAAGAACUCUUUACGCUGCUGAAAAAGAAGAAGCAUCAUGAAAUGGUUUCAAAGGAGUGCGCCAAGGAUGGCAUUCAGUGGCAUUUCAACCCACCAGGUGCCCCACAUUUCGGAGGCUUGUGGGAAGCCGCUGUACGUUCAGCUAAAUUUCACCUACUUCGAGUGCACGAGGAAAACUCUACGUCGUACGAAGACUUAAACACACUGUUGAUCCAAGUAGAAGGUUGUCUAAAUUCUCGGCCUUUGACGCCUAUGUCGGAUGAUCCAACAGACCUAGAACCGUUGACACCGGGUCACUUUCUAACCGGAGGAUCCUUGCAAGCUAUUCCUGAGCUUGACUACACCGAUGUAUAA